AUGUUCCCCAUUCCGUACUUUAAUCCAACCUUAUUGCUUUUCAGUUCCUCUUCUCCUUCCUCUCGAUUUACCUCAUCACGCGCUACGCUCGCGACGAGGGCAUCAAGAUGGUGUAGUUGGGUAUUUACGACACGACCCAUCGAGCUCACCUCUGGGCCACAGUUCACUGUUGCUGUCGGGGAUGUGGGCAUCAAUACUUCCUUCCUGUUGGAGACGCUCCCUGGGCUGCGGUUGUUUGGGGUUGAGACAUUGUGUCUCCCAACUGAGUCUCUCGGACCCACCAGUCGAGCCCUCCGAUCAGGCAGGCGUGGUGAUCGCAUUUCGGGCAAUUUUAAUGCGAAUCCGAGCCUACUUUCGAGGCCGGAACGACCAGCCUCCGCAAUUCAACAUUCGCGCAAUCCCGAUUUUUGCAGCAUUGGGUACGCUUGGAAUCAUAUGUUCAUGUCCGUUCUCUCUGACCAUACUAACAACCGGAACCUUUUCUUCACUCUGCUCACUCGUGGGUUGCCAUACGUCUGGUGGACUCCGUUGGGCUUCCUUUCAACGCUCGGACUUUCACUCGUUACCUCGUCAACUCGACUGUUAUCUCCAUUUGCCCCAGCUCACAAUUGCCAAUGA